AUGGCUAAUUCCUCUCAGAAGCACCCAAAAGUUACGUGCGCCAAUGUUGAUCAAGAUGAAGAUGAUGGAGGGAUUCCAUGUACUAAUAUCGCCUCGAAAGCUUGCAAUGGAUGUUUUCUGGUUCAAUAUUGCAGCAAAGAUUGCCAAGUUGCACAUUGGAAAACCCACAAGAAGGAUUGCAAAUCUCCAUUUAUGAAGAAAUCUUGGAGACCACAGUGGGAUGUGGAGAAACGUCGUCCGGCAUUUAUUGGAGGCAACGACGAUCCCGCUCUAGCUGAACAGUGGGUGACUAUGGUGCAACACGGAAGAAAGAAGUAUUUAUGGGGUAAUGUUCCAGCCAUUGAUAUAAUUCAGUGUUGCAAGAAUGAAGAAAAAGAUUUGCCAGAACAACUCAAUCUUUUAUUUGCGGCAUCUGGGGAUAUUAGAAAUAUUGUCAAGUCUCUCGUUGAACUCCCAAUUACGUAUGAGGGCAAAUGUGAGCUUAUAAUUAACGACAAGGAUUUUGACAUUGUCGCUCGGAAUGCAAUCUUGCUCCUCACAGCUCUCGUAUUUGACCCCAUUGAAGCAGCAGACAUCAUGAUUCACGUCUGGUACUCUGCAUUCAUAACUGAUUCGUACUUGCGGAAACUUCAAGAAAAAGUCCUCCCGUUGAUUGAAGAUGUUUGUAAAAAAGUGGCCGGCCGCCCUGGGCAAUCUUUGCAAUCCAAAACUUGGACACUCGGCACUCGCAACAUAAGUUUGGUAUUGCCGAAGGCUUCUUGGGAUCUCCUUCCUUCGUUUUUCAAGGUUCCAGAUGGACUAUCAGCUAGUAAGGCACAAAAAGUAAUGGUUGACACUACAUUGCCACCCUCGAGAAGAGAUUAUAUCGAGCGGCAAUUUUAUGCUCGGCCACCUGCAUGGCGUGUCUGUGCUACUAAGUUCCGUACUGAUGGCAUGCUUCUUCCCUUCGGAUAUUCUCGCAAGGAUUUCACUAUGCCAAAUCCAACGCUGUUUCAGAGUACUGAAUUUUGGCCCAUGAUGGAUUCUGCCGACCCAUUGGAAGGAUGGCCUCUCGAGGAACACCUUUCUAAACCUUCACCUGCUCGAAACGAUAUCUAUGGCAGCCUUUAUUUCUACCUUCAAGACCAACUUCAAAGCUUUUGCAAGCGAAUUAAGAAUUUGAAAAUCCGCUUUCAACUAUUCGAACUCGAUGCAGUGGAUCUGCCAGGUAUCAUGAAGGAGCGCGGCAUUGGAAAGGUCUAUUUCGACAGAAUUGAGGUUUCAAAUAUUGGAGACCGUGGCUACAUUGGACCUCAAAAACUUCUGAUGACUUUCGCUCCUUACCUGAAGCGUAAAUCACAGAAUCCGCAUGCCACACUUCUUGCUUUAUUCCUCAACGCUGUCCAUGAAAGCCGUACUGAAAAGGAUUACAUUGAAAGCAUAGCAACAGAUUCAGCAAAAUUACAUAGGUAUAUGACAAUUCAACGAGACAUGCUUCAGCCUUACAAUGCGGACUUUCUGAGAUACAACGAUGCGAGAUCUAAGUUUCAAGAUCUUGACGAGCUCUUUGAUAGGUUUAUGAAGGAAUGUUGCUUGUAUGAAAUCAGUGAAAUGGAAGGGUUAAAAAUCAAAACCAAGAAUACAUUGGUUGAGAAAUGGCCUUUGAGGUUGCGAAAUGGGGCAAAGCAAGAGGAAUUUGACAGAUUAUUGGCAUCGGGACAUUUGGGUUCGGAGAGAUACGUGGAAUGGGAAAGUUUGAUAUAGGAUUGACUUGAGAAGUCUGGAAGGUUUGAGAGAUGAAAGGUAGCAGGAGGAGAAAGAGGAAAGCAAAGCAAGAAAGCAAAGGCAAGGAUAGAGAAGAGAAGGAGAGGAAAGAAAUGAAAAGAAAGGAAAGGAAAACAGAAGGUAGGAGGAAGAAAGUCACAAAUACACAUAUCUUCUGAUAAAUCUGGAAGGUGGUACCCAUCAGACGCUCUUGCUUCGAAAGUCAAGUUCCUUAGCGCAAUCAAUUAAAUUGUUAAGCGUUUAAAAAGUAACUUCACCAAAGUUAUUCAUUGCACUCCACUAAUCACUUCCCGCCAAUCAUACCUACAUUUGCGAUAUAA